UUGUUUUUAUUAUUCAGGUUUAUAUCCAUUAACUUCGUGUGUGAUGUGGAUUUAUGGAGAGAAGCUGUUAUGAUACGGAUGACUGGAAUUGUUGGUGAUACUGCCGCGGACGAACUUGCUCAUGAAGACGGAUCAUGAUCGGGGCGGUGUUAACGCUUCUGAUUCAGGCGGUGUUCCAUUAGAACCAGUAUAUUUUUCAAUGCCGGAUAUUCUGCUGAUAGAGGAAAUGGAAGCCUUAGCAGCUCGACUGAGAGAGAAAGAGAAAGAGUUGCAGGAGAUGGAAGCAAACAUUUUGAGUGAAGCCGUAAAAUGGCCGCAAGGAGAGAGAGCUCAUCUCACCUUUCAACUUCAAGCUGCUGAUGAUCGUUAUAAUCGCCUUCUUGAGGCUCACCGUCGGCUCGCUAAAGUGAACCAAAACCUUGAAGAUAAGUUACUCAAAGUCGUGGAUGCUUGCGAAUCCGAAAAGAACGCUUUGGUUACCGCGCUGUCCCAAACCACUCAGAAACUAGCUCAAGCUCAUGUAUCACUGAAGAAUACGAAAGAAGAGCUGGAAAGAUAUAAAGCGGACUGCAGCCUUGCUGUACAUCUCCUGCAGUGUCGUUCUUCCAAUUUCUUGGCGCAACGAAUUGAAACGCUCCCCAGUCAGUUCCAGGAGAAGGUGAAUAAAAUGAUCGAGAGACGCACUUCCAACUUACAUCGAAAUUCAAAGAAUUCUCAGACGGGCAGCAAAGUGAUCAAAGUGCCGAUUCCCACGUACCCACCGACUGCUAUGGUCUUCACAGUUUCUGAACCUGGGAAAAGCUUGUCUCGUUCAUCUUCUCGGGAUAGUAAUUCCGAAUAUGUGUCGGCAGCAGUAUUAGGCAAAGUUAUGGAAGAAAAUGCCAAAGAACGCGAAGAGAAGUGGCAAAAAAGGCGGAACGAUCUGAAGUUUCACUGCGAAUCCUGUGUAUGCAUUAGGGCAGCCAACUCUUCGUCUAACCGUAGAGAUGAUCACACCGAUUUCCGAGAAUACAAUGAUCGUGAAGAACCCGACAGUCAGUCGAAUGAAGAUUACUCGGAAACCUGUCGUGAUGGCGAUUCUGUCUUCGUCGACCUCGAGUGUGAAGAUGGUGACGGACGCAAAGACAACUGGCUUUUCACGAACGGGAGUGAUUUAGACCAGGCUGCAUUAGAUUCAGAUGAUGGGAGCUGUGGACUGAUCUCGGUUCAUCGAUCACAACCAAUCACGCUGAGCAGUGAUGCGAGCCUCGCGAUGAUUGACGUUACUGUGAAAACUUUGGAUUCGGAGAAUUACAAGUUCAGCGUCCCAGAUACGCUGAGUGUGAUAGACUUCAAAAGAAGAAUUUCCAGUUCGGUUGGCGUCGAGCCAUCAAGGCAGCGUUUGAUCUUCUGUGGCCGCGUACUCGAUGACGAGAAAAGCCUGGGAGAUUACGAUGUCAGUGGGAAGGUGAUACACCUGGUCCAGCGGCCUCCUCCAGAAGAAGUUGGCCGGCAACCUUCGUCAGCACCCACCCCUCAGGCGUCCCCGUCGCAGCCGGAGAAUCCACGUCGGACUUACAGAAGGCACAAUGCGUUUCCGCUGCCUUCAUCCGUGGGCUUUUCAUCCCCUGGAAUGUCGGCUGCAUUGAGAAUACACGUAGCACAGGAAAUGCUUGCUCGAAUGAAUCGCUGCGUGACGGGAGUUUCAUCAAGAGAAACUGGCGGAGCAAAUGGGGAGGAGCAAGCAGCUUCGUCUGAAUCGGCAUCGGUAGCCAUGUCUCUAGAUGAGUCUAGUGACAGAGAUCCGUCGCCGCCGAUUGAGAUCAACAUCACAAGUGGGCCAAUGGUCGACCAAGCGGUCGCCGUUAUUUCACUUGAAGCAGGCGUGGAUGCCGAUGGAGACCCGGCUUCUGAAGUUUUAUUGGGAGAUGAUCCUUCAGAGAUGCUGGUUGGCGAAGAGCAAGGUGUUCCACAUAUUGAUGCCCCACUAUUACCCCCUCCAACUGGCGAAGGAGCGCAGGCUGACACAGGGGACUCGGCAGACAGGCCUUCCAUCGGUUCAAGGCGAGUCACAGGCACGCUUCCUCCUUCGGAACUUGCUGAUCUUCUGGAGACAGUUGUUGGAAACUUCGAGGAAAUUGCGCCUCUUAUGCAUCAAGUCGUUGACGACAUCAGGUCUGGGCGUUGGGCCGCGACAAAUCGAGAAGAUGAUUCCUCGGGAACACGGCGACUAAGCGAGCCGCACGCCAGAUACCAAAAGCUUUCCAGAGCACUGCAUUUCUUCAGCCACGCUUUGCACAACAUUUCCGACAUCAAAUCGUCCGACCGCUCUACGGCAUACUUGACUGCAAUACCACGCUGGAUAGCGAGACCACCUGCGGCUACCGCACUUACGAUUCCCAUGAGAGGCACUGCGACCAUUAUGGAAGGACCUGCUGUUGUUUCCAUGCACAUAACGCCGUCAGUUGCACACGGGCCAACGUCGACGAAUGCGCCCUCGGGCCCCGCUCGAGCUGGUGCUGUGCCCACCGCAUCGGUAAGACCCAGAAGUGCUGGUGCUGCACCAGGAGUAGCUGAAGGAGCCGCUGGAAGUUCUCCGGUAAACAUGCACGCAGAUCUGGGAGCGCUCUUCGGACAAGUUGCUUCUGCUGUUAUGGGAGCCACCGUGAAUAUAACCGGCAUGCGCUUCGUUCCCGGUGGUGGACUGAGAACUGCGCCGACGGGACCGUCUCCGACGAACAGCAGUGGUUCUCAGACGCCACCAGCUGGUGGUAUUGUGAUCGGAGAUUUGGAAAGCAUGAACCCUGGUGAGCUCGGGAGCCUCUUCGCGCGAUUCGCACAGCGAUUUGCGCAAGUCAUGGCUCAGGGAGCCGCCGUGCACCUGGACGCAGGAAGACCUGCGAGUACCGCUGGAAAUGAACCCGGGUCCACUGCAGGAGAAGCGGCGGCUGCUAGCGGUAUUGGAGGUUUUGCAGGAUCAUUGCCAAUGGGAACAGAUGAAAUGCGGAGACCUUUCAUGCAGUCUAUGCUGAGCGCCAUGCGAUCAAUAAACAGACGCUCGGCGGAUUCGGCCGCUCAGACGACCACUGGCUCAGAAAGACCGACGCAAGGUGGAAGCGGCGGUCAGCGACAGAACGGAUCAGGCAGACACAGCCGAUUAGCUGUACCUCUUCAGUCUGGGCACAUGGGUCCUCGUAACCUCAUGCAUGAGUUCGAUCCCUUCUUGGUUUGCGACUCGAGGCACACGCUAGCUGGAGCGCGUCGGUCUCGAUUGGGAGCAGCCAUGUCCGGAAUGCCGACAAUGUUCCUUCAUGCCGGAACACCCGAAUACAUGACGUAUCUCGGCGGUCGAGCACCGGAUCGUGCGGCACCGCGAACUUCCGGUACCUCUCGCGGUGCCCAAACUACAGCAAGCGACGUCGCGAGCUCUUCUACGGCGGAUGUCGGAUUGGGAAGUGCCAGGGCAGCCCCUCGCGCGCCUCCAAGCGGCGUGACGACUACUAUACCACCCGUUGCGAAUUGGUUGAGGAUGAUCCAGGACCAAAUCAUGGGGUCGGAGGCAAAUCCCAGCAACGCAACUCUUGAUUGGCUUUAUAACAGUCCUAUCUUCGAUUCUAUGCGACUGUCGCAAGAUCUGGCUAUUUCCGAUGUUCUUGCGAUUUGGAGUGGCGAAGACAUGUCGGCAAUAUCACCGCAGCUUCGUCAGCGACUUCGAGACGCAGUUGGUCAUUAUGUUCUGCACGGCAAUCCCCCGACCCCGUUGAACAUCUCGAACGGGGUGGAAGAUUUCGUUGUAUCUCGCUUCCACAUUGCGGGUGCCAACGACUUGGAAGGAUCAGUAUUCCACAUCAACGUAGUCGAAUCCUUGAGGCAUUUCCUGCGCACGAACAUUCGCGAAGUUAUCACGAAGCUUUACGAGCCCGGGGAUGACGCGCAGUUCUUCAAUUGGUUGAAAGUCAGAGUUCCUGAUGCCGUGUGCGAAUUGAUGAUGCUGUGUUCCCUGUGCUUCUCUAAUGGUGUGGAGGGGUUGGAAUGGCUGAUGAGGACACAAUGGGAUAACUUCUGUCAACAUUUUUUGGGAGAUGUGCCCAGUCCAGCAUUGCUUGGGUCGCAUUUCAUUGGUGUCAUUAUGAGAGAAAGUCUACCGUGGUUCCGUGCGAGGAUUGCCGCAGUACCGCCCGGAUGGGAAGCGGAGUUCCGGCGGAAGUAUAUUGUCGCUCGUGUACCGAAUGUAGAAACCAACGGUGUUUCUGUUGAUCUUGACGUUAAUAUGGAAGAUCCGGAUGAAAACUUGAGAAGAUCUGUUGGUGGACCUCAGAACGCCAGCAGUGUUCCCGCACCGGAUCGAAGAACCGCCUCAAACGCAGCUCCGAAUGCCGUCGAUGCAUGGGAAGAGGUUUUGCCAAGGCAAUGGAUUGAAGUCGUAAGAGACGAUAUCAGGCUUCAAGCAACUCAUCCGCCACAACGUCGCCCGUUCAGUGACGCCUAUUUAUCCGGUAUGGGAUCCAAACGCCGUCGCAUGACAGAGAAACAAAAAGCACCCUGCGAGCCGGGAGCUUUACUUCAAGGAGCGUUGCGGGGAGCCAUGGUGAAUUCAGGCAUGGAUCCCAUUUCCGCCGAUCGACUGGCGGACGAUGCACAGGGUGACAUGGGUUUGACAGCUGCGUUUGGGUCGCAUCUGCGCCGCGAGCUGAAUCGCCGAGUGGACACGGAGCCCGACGCAAAGCGUUACCCGAAUCUGAACAAGUACUUGGCCCGUGACGGAAAUCGCUGAAGAUUUUAUGUCUUUUGUCGUAGCUCUUUUUUGUUUUGUUUUUGAGCUUCGUUGUUUUCUUUUUUUUUCGGAUCCUCCAAAAGUAAGGGAAUAAAGACUUUUGAUUUCCUGCUUUUGUUACAGCUAUGCAAACGCGUACAGUUUAUGGAGUGAUUUUGAAUUUGUCGACGUGGAUGAGAGGCAGAUGGAAAUCCAUUGUGUGAUGCGUGAUUGAUCGAUUUAUUUUGAUUCCAACUAUUAAAUGUUACGUGUCCGAACGACUUUUCGAAAAGGAUGUCAUCCCGUGUCUUGGUUCGCUUGAUCAUCGCGCGUGGAACUUGGUACUCGCGUUCCUCUUGCGAAAUUCCACCCAAGCGAGCAAAUGCACGGAUAGAUUUUGCUAGUCGUAAGA